AUGUCAGAACUUGCUGAACCCAUAACCCAGGAUUGUGUUAAACUUAUAAUGUCAAAACAAGACUAUGUUACUGGUAUGGAAUGUUGUGAAUUUAAAUAUGUAUGGACAAUUAAAAACUUUCGUCAGUGGGCCAAAACAAUGAUUAAAUCACCAAGUUUUUCAUCUCAUUAUGGUGAUUUUGACGAUAAAUGGAUUUUGGAAAUUUAUUCACAAUUUAUUCCUAACGACGAUGCCAUUGAUGAUAAAGAUGGAAAAACUAAAGAAUAUAAUUUCAGUAAAUUUCUAGAAAAUAUUGAAUGGGUUUGUUGUACUAAUAGAACAAACGUGUUAAAUCCAACUCAAUAUUUACCAAAUGAUGAUCUAAAAAUUUGUUCUGAUGUUAUAAUUCAAGUUGGUCAAAAAUCAUUUCGUGCAAUCAAAGGAAUUCUUGCAGUACGUAGUCCUGUUUUUUCUGCAAUGUUUAAUCAUAAAGAAUUCAAAGAAAAUGAAAAAAAGAAGAUUGUCAUUGAAGAUAUUAAAGAAGAUGUUUUCGAAGAAUUUCUACAUUAUAUUUAUACGGAUGAAUCACCAAAUAUUAGCAAAAUGCCGAUGGAACUACUUGCUGUUGCUGGAAAAUAUCAGGUUAAUUGUCUUAAAAAUACUUGUGAAAAAAUAAUUUGCAAAACGAUAAAUUUUGAUAAUGUUGCUAAUGUAUUUGUUUGUUCCGAUCGAUAUAAUCUCAAAAAACUGAAUCGAAAAUGUUUCGAGUUUAUGAAAAGAAAUUUACGAGAUGUUAUGGUAAAUAAAACAUUUCAAGUUUACAAAAAAAAAUAUCCUGAAAUUUUUGUAGGUGUUCUUGAGGAAUUGCUGUUGUCAGCAGAUUCAGUUAAUUACAGUUGA